AAAAAAUGUCAACAAACUGAAUAGGUUAGGUAUUGUCACGUUUUUGCAAAUUUGAUAUAAUAUAAAUUUAUCAAAUUUAUUAUAGAAAAAACAAUGAAUCUUUUACCAAAAUCUCAUGAAGAAUUUAAAACUGCUGAAUAUUGGAAUACAUUCUUUAAAAAAAGAGGAAGAAAAGCUUUUGAAUGGUACGGUGAAUAUCCCGAAUUAUGUUCCUAUUUAUUUAAAUAUAUGAAACACAAAGAUGAUAUUCUUGUUGUUGGAUGUGGAAAUUCUACUCUUAGUAUGAAUCUUUAUGAUGCCGGUUACAGAAACAUCACAAAUGUUGACAUUUCUGAGGUGGUUAUUAAACAAAUGCGAGAAUGUAAUAAGUCGAAAAGACCCGAUCUUUGUUAUGAGGUAAUGGACGUCACUAAAAUGACUUAUCCAGAUGAAAAAUUUAGUGUCGUUUUAGAUAAAGGUACUUUGGAUGCAAUUAUGCCAGAUACUACGGAUGCAACAUUAGAAAUAGUCGACAAAUUUUUUAAAGAAAUCCAGCGUGUUUUACGUAAUGGUGGAAGAUUUGUUUGUAUAUCACUUUUACAAGAGCAUAUACUUAAAAAAUUAGUUUCAUAUUUUCCUACAGCUGGUUUUAUGUUUCGAGUAUCGCGAUGUUUUGAAGCCGAAAUGAAAACGAAAGAAGAAGAGGGUUCUACAAUUCCCGUUUUUAUAGUAAUUGCGACAAAAUUUAAUAAAUUGACUCAACCGGUUCUAGAAAUUGCUUUAGAUAAUGGACCACCAAGACGUGUUCAAUUGAUAGAUGAAAUAAUAUCAGCUGUAAAUUCAACUCAAGAAUCGGCUUUGAUUUGCAAUACACUUUAUAAAGGAAGUGUUGCUGAUGUAGGGGAAGUUUCUCUAGAUUUAUAUCGUGCUGGCGAAACAAUUCCAAGAUAUACACUUUAUGUUGUCGAUGAGCCAGUAAAAAAUAAAAAAACAUUCGCUGCUUUUAUUGUUCCACAAGGAAGAGAAUCAGAUUGGUUCUUCAGUACAAAAGAAGGAAGACAACAACUUUUAAAAAGCACACAAAGAGAUAGAUUGGCUAUUGUAAUAUUAUGCCGUGAACAAAAAUACGAGAAUUUGGAAGGAGUAAAAAAAGAAAUAAAUGAUAGUGUUAGAAAUUUAGCUCCAAUUGGUCUUGGCGCUAAUGAAAUUCCAUUUUUAUCACUUGGUGCCGAUGUGGGAAAACGUAUUAUUUGUUGUGAAGGAACAAGCGAAAUGAGCGGUGCUUAUGUCGUGGAAGAAAUAGAGGAUGAAAAUUCUGUUAUAUAUAGACGAUUAAUUUUUUUAAAUAAUCAAUUUACUAUUCAAAGUGAAGCGAGAUUGACAAUCUCAAAAUCAAGACGAGGGAAAAUGAAGAAAAUUAUUGAUCCCGGAUUUUUAGCCUGCGAGCAUCAUAUUUAUAUGAGCCUUGGUGUAAGUUCAUUGACAAACAUAAAAGAAGAUCGAGAAGCACUUGUUAUUGGUCUAGGUGGAGGUGGUCUUUGCACAUUUUUGACUCAUUGUUUUCCAAAGUUAAAAAUAACAGCAGUCGAGAUCGAUAAGGAAAUAUUAAAAAUUGCUAGUGAAUAUUUUGGUUUAGUACAAACAGAAAAUUUAAAUGUCGAAAUAAAUGAUGGCAUUAAAUUUUUACACGAUUCUAGUGAAAAUAAAAGAAAAUUUGACGCAAUUUUAUUUGACGUCGAUAAUAAAGAUAGUUCACUUGGUAUGAGUUGUCCACCAAAACAAUUUAUUGAUGAUUCUGUUUUAAAAACAGUCGCAAAAUCAUUAACAAAUGAUGGACUUUUUAUAUUAAAUCUCGUAAUAAGAAAUCAAGCAUUAAGACAAGGUGUAAUUGACAAUUUAAAAAAUGUCUUUAAAUUUAUAUCAAGUUUUACAUUAGAGGGCGAUGUCAAUGAAGUUAUAAUGGCUUCAAUGAAUUCAUUUAUAAUUGAUGAAUGGAAUAAAAGAAUAAAAAAAGCUGCAAUUAAUUUAAAUAAUCAAGCACAGGUGGAAAAAUUAUCCACAAAUGAUUUAAUUAAUGUUUCCAAAUUAUUGGAAACUUUGUCAAUUGAAAAUUGAAAUUGUUAAAAAAAAAUUACAAUUCUUUUGUAAAUUGUAAUUUUUAUUAAAAGAAUUUUUUUGAUAAAAAAUGUAUAAUAAUAGGGUAAAAUUAAAAUACAUUUUUGUAAAAUAUAAAAAAAAUUUUGAUAUCAACAUAAUGAUUAAUGUAUAUAAGAAUAUAGUAAAUAUAAAAUGAAUAAACAAAUA